AUGGAGAAAUACGAGCGAAUCCGGGUGGUCGGGAGGGGGGCGUUCGGGUGAGAACGGGGGCGAGCGGGCGGGAGGAAAACACACACUCUCUCUUUCUCUCUAUCUCACCCUCGCGGGUGCAUGCCGACGCUGUUGCCAUGGUGAUGGGAGGGGCGCACCCCUCCCUCCAGCCAAUCAGGGUUUUGGGGGCGCCCCACCCCCAAUUUGAAAGGGGCGUCCCGACGAAGCACCCCUUUCCCCCUCGCAUCUCUUUCUUGCUAAGGUUGCACCCCUGUCCUAGGAAAGCUUUUUUAAAAAAAAUGCUAUUUUCGAAUAAUGAACCUAUGCAAAUGAAGAAGCUACAAAAAUAUGCAUAUGCAUAUUAAUGUGCGUGUAUUGCAUAUGCAAAUAAAAGGAGCUUAUACUGUAUAGAUGUAUAUGUAUAAUGCAUAUGACUGCAUUAAAAAAAAACAAUUUAGUAUGAAAUCACGUUCCCCCAUUGGCCAGGCAUUUUCUCAAUCUGCCAUUCUCUAUGCACAAUUUAACCCACUCGAAAUAAAAGUGGCGCUUACUCCCAAGGAAGCAUGCAGAGGAUGAGAGCCAGUGUGGCAUUGUGGCCAAGGAAUGCAGGGUGAUCUGGGUUCAAAUCCUGCACAGAAGGAGCCAUGAAGUUCCUUGGGUCACCUUGGCACAGAUUAGCUUCCCUAUCUCUGGAGGGAAAUGUCUGGAUAGGAAGGUAUAGGAAGUAUUGAGUAGAACAGUCUCCUCUCUGAGCAUAGUUUGAGCCCCACCCUUAAUGAUGUUUUGGCGCCCGUUAAAGGCGCUCUUACGUUCCCAGACUUAAUUGCACUUAAUUUCAGGAGGUUCUUUUAUAUUCUCUCCAUUUAACACUGCAUGGCUUAUCGGCUGCAUUUUACUUUGUAUGUGGUUAUUUUAAGCUGGAUGUCAUUUAAAUCACAGCAGGCUGCCUCAGGGCUGAGGUCUGUUCAUUAUUUCAGUAGGUCUACUCUGAACAAAAUGCAAUUGGAGCCAGCCUAUGGCGGAGCUCAUGUGGAACCGUGUGACCCUAGGCCUUAAAUUCACCUUUUCUUUCAUUAAUGCCUUCCCUCUACACUAGUAUAUACAAUCAGUAUAAAGACAGCUAAGAGUUAAAAAGAAAUAAAAAUUAUACACAAUAAUGAAAGCAAAAUGCCAUAAAGCCAGCAGCAGUUUUAAAGCAGGGGCUCUGCAGUCCUCCAGAUGUUGUUGGACUACAACUCCCAUCAUCCCUUGACCAUUGCCCAUGUUGGGGGUUGAUGGGGGGUCACAGCGCCAUGACCUCUGGAGGGCCACAGAUUCCGCAUUCCGACUUUUUUUUUUAAAAAAAGAGUGUCCCAUCAUUUCUCUCCUGCGUGAGUCACAUUCACAUGUUACACUCCCCAGAUAAAACAGCCGUGACGCAAAAUGUCCUAAGGGGGUGUUCUAGUCAUAUGUGCAUUACAUUUUCAUUUGUACGCUUUUCCAGAGUUGGAAAGUAGGCCAUGUUUACUGCUUCCAUUUCACAGAUGGGCAACUGAGCUAACUGAGGAUGACUCAUCCAGAUAUUUCAGCCAUGGCACAGCUUUGAGGCUUUCCCCCCUGCAAUGGUGGAGAUGCCUGCUUUGUGUCCUGAAGACCCCAGGUUCAAAAAGGAUCUUACCGCUAUAGAAUCAUACAAUUGUAGGGCUGGAAAGGAACCCCAAGAUUCAUCUAGGCCCCUGCUGUGCAGGAAUCACAGCUAAAGAAUCCCUGGCCAACCAACCUGUUUGAAAACUCUCCAAUGCAGAAGAGUCCAUGGUAGUCCAUUCCACUGCUGAAUGGCUCAUACCAUCAGAAAGUUCCUCCUAAUGUUUAAAAAACUCCGCAGGUGCAGAAUGCCAUGGCAAGACUCCUUACGGGGUCCUUGCCGCGAGAUCACAUUCAUCCAGUGCUUUACCAGUUGCACUGGCUCCCGGUGGAGUACAGGGUCAGGUUUAAGGUGCUGGUUUUGACCUUUAAAGCCCUAUGCGGCCUAGGACCCUCGUACCUAUGGGACUGCCUCUCCUGGUGUGCCCCGCGGAGGACCUUAAGGUCCAUGAAUAACAACACUUUAGAAGUCCUAAGCCCCAAGGAGGUUAGAUUGGCCUCAGCCAGGGCCUUUUCUGCUCUGGCCCCGGCCUGGUAGAACGCUCUGUCACAAGAGACUAGGGCCCUGCAGGAUUUGACAUCUUUCCGCAGGGCCUGCAAGACGGAGCUGUUCCGCCUGGCCCUUGGGCUGGACUCAGUCUACCCCCCCCCCAAUUUCUCAAUUUUUUUGAUGGAACCCCUCAUAUGGGAUUUUGUAUAUAAAUUUUCCCUUGGCUCUUUUUGCUGGCCCAUGUAAGACCAGCAUGGGUAGUUUGCCCCAGUGAAUAUUUGACGUUUUCUCCCCUUAUGGCUUUGAUCUAUAGGCUAUCACUGAAACAAGGCUGCAUUUUAAACUGUACUCUAACUUAUAUUUUAAUCAACUCUUUGUUGGGUUUUUGUUUUUUUGUUUUUGUUUCCUUCUUUCGUUCUUAAUGUUUUUACUGUAUUUAUAUUCAGUGUUAGCUGCCCUGAGCCCGGUCUUGGCUGGGGAGGGCGGGGUGGGUAUGUAUGUAUGUAUGUAUGUAUAAAUAAAUAAAUAUUAUUAUUAUUAUUUUCCUGUCCCUGACACCCUGGUGAGCCUCUGCCAGUCAGAGCUGACAGCCCUGGGCUGGGUGACUCCAUGGCCAGACUGCGUACCAAUAUGGCUUCCGAUGUUUCGGGGCUGACUUCCUUCUUGGUCUUUUUGUGGCUCCCUGUCCCUCAGGAUCGUCCACCUCUGCCUUCGGAAAAUGGACCAGAAGCUGGUGAUCCUGAAGCAGAUCCCCGUGGAGCAGAUGACCAAGGACGAGCGGCUGGCCGCCCAGAACGAGUGCCAAGUGCUGAAGCUGCUCCACCACCCCCAUGUCAUCGAAUACUACGAGAACUUCCUGGAGGACAAGGCGCUCAUGAUCUCCAUGGAGUAUGCGCCGGGUGAGGAUCGUGGGUCCCCAAGGCAGCAAGGCACACUCCUGACACCUAAAGGCUCGUACCUCAAAGGAAAGGCGGGUGCAAUACAGGCCCUGCAGGCUGAAGGCUCCCCUUCAGCUAUCCUAGCACCCUUCAGAUGUUUUGGACUCCCAUCAGUCCCAGCCUGUACAGCUGUGGUUCUGCCAGCUCCCCCCCCCAAAAAAAAUCAUUCAGUCUUGAGGGUGCCAGGUUUGGGGCAGCUGUUCAACACCACACAUUGGCCCCCAGUACAUUUCCGAGCACAAAUCAAAGUGUCGCUUGACUUUUAAAGCCCUAAACGGCCUCGGCCCAGUAGACCUGAAGGAGCGUCUCCAUCCCCAUCGUUCUGCCCGGACACUGAGGUCCAGCUCUGAGGGCCUUCUGGUGAUUUCCUCACUGUGAGAAGUGAGGUUACAGGGAACCAGGUAAAGGGCCUUCAUGGUGGUGGCGCCUGCCCUGUGGAACACCCUCCCGUCAGAUGUCAAGGAAAUAAAGAACUAUCUGACUUUUAGAAGACAUCUGAAGGCAGCCCUGUUUAGGGAAGUUUUUAACAUUUGAUGAAUUAUUGUAUUUUAAUCUUUUGUUGGGAACAGCCCAGAGUGGCUGGGGAAACCAUUAUUAUUAUUAUUAUUAUUAUUAUUAUUAUUAUUAUUAUCCUCAAGAAACUGCUGGACUUCCAUAAUCCCCGGACACUGGGUCUGCUGGGAAUUGGGAGUCCCACCUAGAAGGCCCCUGGUUCCCUACCCCUGGCCUGUUUUAUUUCCUUAGAAUCAUAUAAUCGUAGAGUUGGAAGGGACCAUGAGAGUCAUCUAGUCCAACCCCCUGCAAUACAGGAAUCUUUUACCCAGUGUGGGGCUUAAACCCCUGACCCUGAGAUUAAGGGUCUCGUGCCCUACUGACUGAGCUGACCUGGUUUGAAAAUAGUAACAUUUUUUCUGCGCUUGGGUUUAAUCUCAGCUUGACCAAACUGGGAAAGACUCAUGGAGGGGAGGGCUGCCGAUGGCUGCCAGCCAUGAUGGCUAUGCUGUGCCUCCGUAGCUGGAAGCGUGGAAGCGGCAAUGUUUCUGAAUCCCCGUUGCUGGGAACCACAGGAGGAGAGAGUUGCUCUCAGGCUAGCCCCUAUGAGAAGAGGAUGCUGGUCUAGAUGGGACAUUAAUAAUAAUGAUGAUGAUGAUGAUAAUUUAUUAUUUAUACUCCGCCCAUCUGGCUGGGUUUCCCCAGCCACUCUGGGCGGCUUCCAACAAAACACCAAAAUACAAUAACCUAUUAAACAUUAAAAGCUUCCCUAAACAGGGCUGCCUUUAGAUGUCUUCUAAAAGUUUGGUAGUUAUUUUUCUCUUUGACAUCUGGUGGGAGGGCGUUCCACAGGGCGGGUGCCACUACUGAGAAGGCCCUCUGCCUGGUUCCCUGUAACUUGGCUUCUCGCAGCGAGGGAACCGCCAAAAGGCCCUCAGAGCUGGACCUCAGUGUCCGGGCAGAACGAUGGAGGUGGAGACGCUCCUUCAGGUAUACUGGACCGAGGCCACCUGGGGCUUUAAAGGUCAGCACCAACACUUUGAAUAGUGCUUGGAAACGUACUGGGAGCCAAUGUAGGUCUUUCAAGACCAGUGUUAUAUGGUCUCGGCGGCUGCUCAUUGGCCUGAUCCAGCAGGCUCUCCUUAUGAGCUGCUGGCAGCACUGAACUACAUGGACCAAUGCCCUGACACAAUCAAAAGGAACUUCCAGCAUCUGCCUUCCUUCUCCUGGGAGAGCUAAAGCUCAAGAAAAACCGUUGGGGGGAAAAAGGCACUGAGCCCUCCCUCUCCAGCCUCCAGGUCAAGGCAGUCUUUGACGUGCGGCUUCCUAGCAACACCUGGGCUUAUGGCAGUGGGAAGAAUGCCAGAGAGGAACACCAUUGUUCCCAGGGCCUGGCCCCCAGCACAUCACCUCCCCCUCCCCACCCUCUUCUUUGCAGGUCACCUUCAGGCAGGUGAAAAGGAGGUUUCAGGUUUCAAAGCCACCAGUGGUGGCAAGGUAGCUGCAAACCUGAGAUUUGGCUUUGGGUUUGUGGUUUGGAAACAAAAGAGCACCGGGUUUGUUUGGCAUGUGUGUUUUCCGCAAGGGGAGGGGAGCAGGGGUGUGCUUCCUGGACUAGGAGGAUCCACAGAACCCCAUAUCUUUGAGGCAGAAGGAACAGGUUCAUCUCGCUCUGCCCUUGGAGAAAAAAUGGCUUUCUUCCUUGUGGUUCCACCCUUGUCAAGGAGCGCAGGGUUUAACCCGUCUAGGGACAACUGUAGCUCUGCUCCCAUUCAGAGGAGAAAGUGCUGUAGUUUUCCUAGGGAGGUGGCUUUCUGUUAUUUCUGUUAUUAUUCAAUUUAUCACUAGCCCUUCAAAAUAUGGUGCAUUGCAGGGAGAUGCACUAGAUGACCCUGUGUGUCCCUUUCAACUCCACAAUUCUAUGAUAAGAGUUUAAAAUCUAAAAUCACAACAAUUUAAAAUGCAGUAUCAAAAGCAGUUUAGACCAGUAGGCCCCAAAGCUUUGGGGACCAUGCCUCCUAGGUUCCAUAAAUGCAUCCCCAGUGCCCCCUACCCCAAUAAAAACAUGAUUCACAAUAGCAGUUUGCUUGGCCCUUGAAAUUUACUCGGAGUCGAGUGUGGAUUUCAUGCUCUUUAUUCAGCUCAGAGUAGUGAGGAAUGGAAGUUCCUCCGAAAUGUCUCCUUUAUAUACAUUAUUUACACAAUGGGCCCCACGUGACUGGCUAAUUCUGGGAUUCUCCUGUAGGCCAAUCAGGUUGCGGAUUCACUUCUACCCGGAGUUGGAUUGGGUGGCUCCUGUGGACCAGUCAGACUGCUGCAUUCUAGAUCCUAUUGUUCUAGGACCAAUCAGACUGCUGCAUUCUGGAUCCUAUUGUUCUAGGACCAAUCAGACUGCUGCAUUUUGGAUCCUAUUCAACUCAGUACAUAACAGCCCUGUAAGGAAGUUGAUAACACAGUCAAGUUCAAAACCGUAACAAUUAAUUGCACGUUUAUUCAAAAUCCAAUUAAAACUAUAGUGGUACCUCAGGUUACAUACGCUUCAGGUUACAGACUCCGCUAACCCAGAAAUAGUACUUCGGGUUAAGAACUUUGCUUCAGGAUGAGAACAGAAAUCGUGCUCUGGUGGCGCAGCGGCAGCAGGAGGCCCCAUUAGCUAAAGUGGUGCUUCAGGUUAAGAACAGUUUCAGGUUAAGUACGGACCUCUGGAACGAAUUAAGUACUUAACCCGAGGUACCACUGUAUAUAUGAACUAUUCAGUUUAAUUCAACAAAAUGGAUGAACUUGAUUCAAUGAUACCAGCUUUUCAAAGAAAGUCUGGUAGUCGUUUUCACUUCCAGUGCCCACCUGCCACCCCCUUGGCUCUUAGCAGCCCCCUCGCUAAUCCCACCAUGCCCCAGGUAUUAUGCUGGCCUCUCUCUGCUUGCUCCCUUCCAGGUGGGACGCUGGCUGAGUUCAUCCACAAGAGGGGCAACUCCCUCCUGGACGAGGAGACCAUCCUCCACUUCUUUGUCCAGAUCCUCCUGGCCCUCCACCACGUCCACGCCAAGCAGAUCCUCCACCGGGACCUCAAGACUCAGAACAUCCUCCUGGACAAGCACCACAUGAUUGUCAAGAUUGGGGACUUUGGCAUCUCCAAGAUCCUCAGUAGCAAGAGCAAAGCUUACACGGUGAGAACAACUGAUAGCAACUCCUGGUGUCCACAUCCCUCCCCCUGCGAUUGGCCGGUAAUUUGAAGCCUCUGGACUGGCCAGGUUUGGCGUCAGUCACAGGGCAGCCAAUGUGCUACUGCACCAUGACAGGGCCUUCUUAGCGGUGGGUCCCUGUUUGUGGAAUGCUCUCCCUCAUGAGGCCAUUUGGUAUUAUUUUUGGGUUAAUUUCUUUGGUUUCUUACUCACCCGUCACUGCAUGGUCCAGGAGGAAUUUUAAAGAACAAACAUUCUCACAGGCACCGAAUGGGUGAAAGAGACUUUCCUAGCAGCCUUGAAAUUAUUAGCUGUGAGGAUAUUUGAUUGUUUAUAAAUUCUUUUAGAUAAGCUUUUAUUAUAUCUUAUUGGGGUGUGUGUGGAUUUGUUUAUUUGCUGUUUUGUCAUUUGCCCAACCUGGGAUCUUUUGGGAACAGACCUUUUAAUAAAUACAGUGGUACCUCGAGUUAAGUACUUAAUUUGUUCCGGAGGUCCGUACUUAACCUGAAACUGUUCUUAACCUGAAGCACCACUUUAGCUAAUGGGGCCUCCUGCUGCCGCUGGAGCCCAAUUUCUGUUCUUAUCCUGAAGCAAAGUUCUUAACCUGAAGCACUAUUUCUAGGUUAGCGGAGUCUGUAACCUGAAGCAUAUGUAACCUGAAGUGUAUGUAACCCGAGGUACCACUGUACAUGAAUAUAAACUAGCCCAAAGUUAGCUUGGGGACGCGGGUGGCGCUGUGGGUUAAACCACAGAGCCUAGGACUUGCCGAUCAGAAGGUCAGCGGUUUGAAUCCCCACAAUGACGGGUUGAGCUCCCGUUGCUCGGUCCCUGCUCCUGCCAACCUAGCAGUUCAAAAGCACCUCAAAAGUACAAGUAGAUAAAUAGGUACUGCUCCAAAAGCAGCUUAGUCUUGCUGGCCACAUGACCCGGAAGCUGUACACCGGCUCCCUUGGCCAAUAAAGCGAGAUGAGCGCCGCAGCCCCAGAGUCGGUCACGACUGGACCUAAUGGUCAGGGGUCCCUUUACCUUUACCUAAAGUUAGCUUGAGCCACCAGGAUCUCUCUGAGCUGGGAGACCUGCUGUCAUCUCACACUCUGAGCAUCCUGAAUGUGGAUAUGGAUCUUGGGGUGGGAGAAACUGAUCCUGUCUCUGGAUAGAGGGGCUUUUUGCCCCCCCACCGAAAGAAAGAGUAUUGCACAGAAAUGGAAAAAUACAAUCCUCCUGCCGUAACGUAUUAGUUAAGGAAAACUUAAUGAUAAAGUUUAUUUUAAGGAUAAAACUCACACAUCAGAAAAAUAAUCAAGAGAACAAAUACGUAUUGAAAAGUGGGCCCUAUUCUUACAUUUCUGGAAUGACCCUGUAAAUGAUUAUAUCUUUUUAAUUUAUUCUCAGCACUAUCAGAUUUUUGGUUAUAGGAUUCCCGUCACACAUGUCAUUUUCUUUUUUUCCUGUUUCUAUUUAAUUUAUUCAUUUUCUUCUUGGGAAACAAGGAUAUUUGAUAUAUACCGUAUUUUCCGGGGUAUAAGACAACUGGGCGUAUAAGAAAACCCCCCAACUUUUCCAGUUAAAAUAUAGAGUUUGGGAUAUACUCGCUGUAUAAAACUACCCCUCUUCCAACGCACACCAAAUAAAAAUUUAAAAAAUCAGUCUCCAGUCUAGCUCGGAAAUCCACUCCACUUCCAAGUGGCCGGGAGCUUCUGGGGCCAAUUUUCAAGCUUCUGGGACCAAUUUUCAAGCGUAUUUCUGCUUCAUCUAGAGAGCUUGGUGUCCUCUGAUUUAAUUUGCUGUUGUUUUAUCCUUUGGUGGGUAGUUGCUGCAGGAAUUGCUGCUGCAGCUGGCAUAUAAGACGACCCCCGACUUUUGAGAAGAUUUUCCUUUUUAUUAGAACGUUAAUAACAUUAUUCAAGAAAAAAGAGAAAGUAAUACCCACCCCUCCACCUUUGCUCUGGGCCUCAUUCGCACAUCCGUGUUGCUUCCUAGGUGGUGGGUACCCCCUGCUACAUCUCCCCGGAGCUCUGCGAGGGCAAGCCUUACAACCAGAAGAGUGACAUCUGGGCUCUGGGCUGUGUGCUCUACGAGCUGGCCAGCCUGAAGAGGGCUUUUGAGGCCGCGGUAAGGAGACACCUUCGAAAUCUGGUUGGAGUGGAGGGCUGGCCAGUCUCUGUGUCCUGAACGCCCUGUCUGCUCAGCCUCAGUCCCGUUAACGAUUGUGUCGUGGUCUGUGCAGUGGACCAGCAUCCAGUCUCCGAGAGGGGACAGCUUCAUGCCUCUAGGAAGCUGGUCCCCUGGCCAGAAGACUGCUUGACGGCCAGGUCAGAUAAACCGGCCCUCAGUUUAGUCCUGUGGUUCCCAAGCAUUUUGGGGCCACUGCCCCCAUGGUUCCCUAAAUUAUUCCCCAGUGCACCCCACCCUACCCUAUAAAAAAGGAUUGUUCAGAAUACUGGUUUGCGGUAUGAGGAAGAUAUUGCAAGAACAUUCAAAACGGUAACAAUUAAUUGCAUGUUUAUUCAAAAUCCAAUUAUAAUUAUUUCGUUUCGGAACUGAUAAACUUGAUCCGUUGAUACCAGAUACUGCAUGGAAAAAUAGGGCUCAUUCUUACUGACAAAACCAUAAGGAUGAAGGAGGUUUAUAGCAUAAAAUUUUUAAUAUAUAAGUUACACACAAACCUUCACCUAUCACAGAUGUGCUAUAAGUAGUUUAUUAAGAAAAUCAAUAUAUGUUACCAAUAAUUGGCUAUCUUGUGACUUGUGGCAAACAGACGUGACCCAAAGAAAUAGCUUUGAGAGUGAUAAAAGCAGUAAACCUUUGAAUACAAAGCAAGGAAGGUGUUUUGCUCUAGGCUCCAGCCUGGUCAAUCGUAAAUAAGUGAUCAGCCUGCCUUGAGGGUCCCGCCUCCAGUGCCCCCCUUGCCUCUUAGGGUUCCCCCAGGGAAUCUCCCUCCCCUGGGAGCAGUAUCACCCACUUUGAGAACCACUGGUCUAGUCAACGAUUUCGCAAACGUCCCCUCACCAUCUUCCUUCCUUCCUUUUUCUCAAGCUAAAGAGCGUCUCCUUUAUGUGCCCUGCCUUGCUGGGUUGGCCCUGGCCACUCCUUGCCUAUUACUGUAUGGCAAGGCGGCGUUCCAUGCCUUCUCUCCUAACUGUCCCACCAUCAUUCGCACACAGAACCUGCCCGCCUUGGUCCUGAAGAUCAUGAGUGGGACUUUCGCCCCCAUCUCGGACCGCUACAGCCCCGAACUACGCCAGCUGAUCCUCAGCCUGCUCAACCUGGACCCCUCCAAGCGGCCCCAGCUCAACGAGAUCAUGGCGGAGGCCAUCUGCGCCCGGCCCCUCCUGAACCUCUACACCGACGUCGGCAGUGUCAGGAUGAGGAGGCAAGUACUGGGCCCAUGUGGUGGCACUGACGCCCCCUCCUCCAGGAACACUCAGCUCAUGGGCCCACUUAGCUCAGUAGGGCUUGCACUGGCUGGCAGCAGCGACUCCCUGGGCUCCCAGGCAGGGGAUGUUCCUAGUCAUAGGAUUAUAGAAUUGUAGCAUUGGAAGGGACCGCGAGGGUCAUCUAUGCAGGAAUCCUUUUGCCCAAAACCCCGAGACUGAGUCUCAUGCUAUACCAACUGAUCUAUCCUUACCGGGAGAUGCCACCGAGGAUCAAGCCCAGGGCUUUGAAAGAAGGUCCUUUGCUGUAGAGCUGUAAAGUAAGAUUCUAGUCCUCAUGGUUCCAGACAAAGAGCAUAAGAGCCUGCUGGAUCAGGCCAGUGGUCCAUCUGGCCCAGCAUCCUGUUCUCAAGCAGAUGCCCUAAUGAGAAGGCCACAAGCAGGACAUGAGCGCAAGCGCCCUCUCCCCUCCUGUGGUUUCCAGCAUCUGGGAUUCAGAAGCAUGGCUGCUUCACAGCCAUCAUGGCUGGUGCCCAUUGAUAGCCUUCCGCUCUAUGAAUUUGUCCUCUUUUAAGGCAUCCAAAUUGGUGGCCAUCCCUGCAGGAGGGAGUUCCGUCCUUUAGCCAUGCACUGCAUGAAGAACCAUGGAAUCAUAAUAUCGUAGAGUUGGAAGGGAACCCCAAGCGUCCUCUAGUCCAACCCCCUGCAAUGCAGGAAUCUCAGCUAAAGCAUCAGUUGCAGGUGGUCAUCCAACCUCUGCUUAAAAACUCCUCUUGGUUCAAGUCCUACCCUCUAGAGCAGGCAUUGGCAAAUUCCAGCCCUCCAGAUGUUUGGGACUACAACUCCCAUCAUCCCUAACUAACAGGACCCAUGGUCAGGGAUGAUGGGAAUUAUAGUCCCAAACAUCUGGAGGGCCGGAGUUUGCCUAUGCCUGCUCUAGAGAAGGAGAAAAGAAGCUUGCUCCCUCCUCCAUUUGACAGCCCUUUAGAUAUUUGAAUAUGGCUCUCAGUGUCUUCUCUUUUCCAGGCUAAACAUCCCCAACUCCCUCACCCGUUCCUCUUAAGACUCUGUUUCCAGACCCUUGAUCAUCCUGGUCGCCCUCCUCAGCACACCUUCUAGCUCUUAUCAACAUCCUUCAACAGAAGUCCCUUCCGUUUUCCUUUUAGAAAUAGGAACAUAGGAGGCUGCCUUAGGCUAAGUCAGCCCAUUGCCCUGUCUAGCUCAGUACUGUCUGCACUGAGUGGCAGUUCUCCAAGGUUUCAAGACAGGAAUCUUCCCAGGUCUUACCCGGAGAUGCUACCACUGGGCCUUAGACCUGGGGCCUUCUGCAUGCCAAGCAGAUCCUCUUCCUCUGAGCUGCAGCCCUUCCCUGCCACCACUGUCUGAGAGAAGCUCACCCUCUUUCUCCCCCCACCCAGGCCCGAGAAGCCGCUGGCCGCUGUGCCACCAGUGACCCACGGCAGGGUGGGAGCAGGAGCCGUCGGCCCUAGAGCCAGAGGUAAGGUGGGAGGCCUUUGGAAGAGGGCUGCACACCCUUUAUUUGGGGGGGGGCAUUGCCUGGGGCCCUUCCCCAGUGGCCCAGAGGGCACGACUGGGGUGGGGUGUGUGUGAAGGCUUCAGUUUGGGGCACCACAGCUGACAAGGGCAUGUAUGGUCAAUGCAUCCUUCCCAUAUCGAAAGUUAUCUUUUAAUUGAUUUUAAAAUGCUGUGUUAAUUUUAUUGUUGUUAGCCGCUCUGAGCCUGGGGAGGACGGGAUAUAAAUAAAUUAUUAUUAUUAUUAUUAUUAUUAUUAUUAUUAUUAUUAUUAUUAUCUGCUGUUAUUUUCUGUCCUGAUGGAUCAGGCCAAUGGCCCACCCAGUCCAGUAUCUUCUUCUCACAAUGGCCAACCGGAUAACAAUGGCCUUCCACACCACCAACCUCCCCUUUCCUGAGUCUGGGGGUUCCCCACUUCCCCCGCCCCCCAGGUCCACUAACUCACAGGGCUUUUCUCUUGGACCCAGGCUCCAGAGCCGGCUCGGCGAGGCCAGGCAUCCCGCCCGCCCCAUCUUCCGUCUACACCUGGGGGGGUGGGAUCACCCUCCCUCUGCGCCUGCCCAUGCUGAACACCGAAGUGGUGCAGGUCUCCACCGGAAGGACCCAGAAGGCGGGUGUGACCAAAUCUGGGCGGCUGAUCCUGUGGGAGGUGAGAGGGCGAGGAGGGGUCCCACAGGUUCGUGGGUGGGUGAGGAGCCCCUCGCUAUCUGUCUCCCAGCUCUGGGGAUUAUUGAAAGGAGGAAGGAGGCUGACUGAGAAUCUCUAAAUAUGCCUUACAUUAGACCAGCUUGUCCUUCUGCUUGAAACUCCUGGGCCCUGUGUUUCGUUGUACAGUACGAUCACAUCUUAUGCACAGUUAACCUGAGCAAUGUCAACCUUGUGUGGUUGAAAUCUAGCCAGUUAAAGGUAAAGGGACCCCUGACCAUUAGGUCCAGUCGUGGCCGACUCUGGGGUUGCUGCGCUCAUCUCGCUUUAUUGGCCGAGGGAGCCGGCGUACAGCUUCCAGGUCAUGUGGCCAGCAUGACUAUGCCGCUUCUGGUGAGCCAGAGCAGCACAUGGAAACGCCGUUUACCUUCCCGCCAGAGUGGUACCUAUUUAUCUACUUGCACUUUGAGGCGCUUUCGAACUGCUAGGUUGGCAGGAGCAGGGACCGAGCAACGGGAGCUCACCCCAUCGCGGGGAUUCAAACCACCGACCUUCUGAUUGGCAAGUCCUAGGCUCUGUGGUUUAACCCACAGCACCACCCACGUCCCUCUAGCCAGUUAAGGUUGCAUAAAUAGAAUUCAUGCUAGGCCCCUGGGGUUCACACAUGCCUGGUGGCAAUGUCUCCUGGCCUGUAUUCUCUUGCUGUAAGCCCCAGAUGUUCCCCCCCCAAGGGCAGGUUUUGGCAGCCAGGACACUUCAGUGCGUUCUGCACAUGCUCAAGCAUCUCUGCUUGCUUUGGAUGCUGCAUCGCUGAGCCCUGACCCUGUUGCCACCAGCCGCCAUUCAAACUAGGCCCAGUUUGCUCCGACUGACCCGGCAGGAAUGUAACAUGCCCUCUUCCCGCUGUUUUUUCUCUCUCUCUCCACCAGCCGCCCCCACUUGGCACGGCGGGGGGGCCCUCGCUCCCCGGGGCCACUGAGCAGCUGCAGCCCCAGUUUGUCUGCCGCUUCCUGGAGGGCCAGUCCGGGGUGACCAUCAAGCUCGUGGCCUGCGGGGACCUUUUCACCACCUGCCUGACAGGUACAACAAAAACAAGCUAAGGGGACUGCCUCUCCUGGUAUGAUCCGUGGAGGACCUGAAAGUCCACAAAUGACAACAUUUUGGAGGUCCCAAGUCACAAGGUGGUUAGAUUGAUCUCAACUAGGGCCAGGGCCUUUUCAGCUGUGGCCCCGAUCUGGUGGAAUGCUCUGUGACAAGAGACUAAGGUCCUGCGGGACUUUACAUCUUUCUGCAGGGCCUGCAAGACAGAGCUGUUCCGCCUGGCCUUUGGUUUGGAUUCAGUCUGACCCUCAUGUUUCCCUCACCUUUAUGGUUUUGACUUUUAAAAUGAGGCUUCAUUUUAAAUUGCAUUUUAACCUGUAUUUUAAAUUGUUCUUUUUCUUUUUCUUUUUUCUUAUUAUGUUUUUACUGAAAUUUUAUUGCUGUUAGUCGUCCUGAGCCCGGCUCUGGCCGGGGAGGGUGGGGUAUAAAUAAAUUUUAUUAUUAUUAUUAUUAUUAUUAUUAUUAUUAUUAUUAUUUUCCUGCUUGUCAAUGGAGGGCAGCAGUUGUGUAAGGGAUGGUUGCACAGGGAUCUGGCCCCACCAUUAUUUCUGUUUGGGGGUUUAUGCAUACAUACUCACUGUCCCCUUGAUCAUGAGGAGGUGGGGGUGCUUAGCUUUUCCUUCCUUCCUUCCUUCCUUUGGCAACCUCUUCUCCAGACUGUGCUGACAGCUCUCCUUUCCCCCUGCAGACCGAGGGAUCGUCCUGACCUUUGGCAGCGGCAGCAGUGGGUGCCUGGGGCACGAGACCUUCACAGACGUCACCCAGGUUGGCCAGGGCUCAAUUUCUGAGCAUCGUUCGGCUGGUGGGCUGGUUUGGCCACUUUCCCCAGAUUCCCUGCAGGCCAGAAUUCCUCCCUGUGGCUGCUGUUGUACCCUGAUCACAAGAACAGGAGCUGGGUCUGGCUGCUGGGUCUGGCCGCAGGGGACUCAUCUAGUCCAGCCUCCUGUUCUCACAGUGCCCAGCCACAUGCCCCCAAAGGGGAGCCCACAAGCAAGGCAUGGCCACAAGGGCAGCCUUCUCCCCUCCAGGGGUUUCCAGCAACUGGUACUCAGAAGCAUCUAUUGCCACCAACCUUGGAGACAUCCAGGGAAACUGAACGCUGGAAGGUUGAAGGCAGAUAGAAGAAAGUCCUUUACGUGGUGCAUAGUUAAACUUCGAAACUCCCACAGGUGGCAGGGGUGCCCGCCAAGGGUGGAGGAGAGGGCUGUUGAUGGCUACUCAACACAAUGGCUGUUCUGUGUUGUUCCACCUGGCCUUUGGCUUGGAAUCAACUUGAUCCCCUUCCCCUCUUUCCUUUUUCCUUUCUCCUUCUGUGAUGGAACUCCUAUUUGGGGACUUCCCUGGCUUUUUUCUGGCCCAUGUAGGACCAGUCUGGAUAGUUGGCCUUGGUGAAGAUUUGACGUUUUUCAUCCCCAAAAAGUUUUUGAUUUGAGUUUCUACUGAAAAUGAGGCUGCAUUCUAAUGUUGUACUUUAAUCUUGUUUUUAAGUUGUAUUUUAAUCAAUUGUUUUUAUACCUGGUGUUAGCCGCCCUGAGCCCGGUCUUGGCUGGGGAAGGCGGGGUAUAAAUAUUAUUAUUAUUAUUAUUAUUAUUAUUAUGCUUCUGAAUGCCAGUUGCUGGACACCCUGGAAAGGGAGAGUUGUUCUUGUGCUCCCAUCCUGCUUGCUGGUUUCCUGCAGGCUGUGAGAAGAAAAUGGGUUCUUGAUAAGGGUUCAUCAAGAAAUACCUGGUUAUGUUUAGAAUGAUACCGCAUAGGGAAAUGUUCCCUGAUACCAAGAUGAGGGAUUCUAUGGAACGCAGAUAGAGAGAAUUGAUAAGAAUAAUGAUCUGUUGUGACCUUGACGGAAGCGUACAAUAGAUGAGUCUUCCUGUGUUUUGGCUCAUCUUCCUCUUUUUCUUCUUUUUCUUCUUUUUUAUUUUCCUCCUCCUCCUCCUCCUUUCCUUUUUCUUUUUUCUGUUUUCUUUCCCAUAAUGGCUUAUGUUCUAUACCAUGAACUUUGAAAUUUUUUGUAGUUUUUUUAGCUUUUUUCAUUAUUAUUAUUAUGAUUAAGGAUUUUUCUUUUGUAAUUUUGGUUGUUUAUAUUUAUCUGUAUUUGUUUAAAGCAAAAUAAAAGUAUUUAAAGAAGAAGAAGAAGAGAAUGCUGGACUGACCCCUGGCCUGAUCCAGCCGGGUCUUCUUAGGACAGAGCACAGCCCUCUUGGCAACUAGCCAUCAUUAUCCGUCUCCUCCAUGAAUUUUCCCCAAACCUGUGAAUUUUAAACCCAUCCUAUUUUGUGGUCAUGCCUGCCUCCCACGGGAGCAAGUUCCUUAGUGUGCCAUUCCAUAGUUUUAAGGACAGAAUGAAGGCAGGAUAGAAACAUGUUGAACUGAUGGUUUUAUUGUCUGGCGUACAAGGGUUUCCUGUCUGGGAGGCGGCAAUCCUUCCCCGGCAAAUUUGGCUGCAGGUCCGCCAACUGGGGAUGUGGGUGGGGGCGGCUUGCGCAGUUGUGGGACAGGAUGAAAGGGGCUGGGUGGGUGGGGAGAGAGAGGGGGAUCUUGUGGGGGGAGACUGCUUGAACAGUUGCUGCCGUCCCCCUCCGCAGCCCAAGAUCGUGGAGGCCCUGCUGGGCUACGAGAUCACGCAUGUGGCCUGUGGGGCAUCGCACGUCCUGGCUGUUUCCAACGAAGGGGAGAUCUUCGCGUGGGGCAGAGGGGACAAUGGUGAGUGGCGGCGGUGCACUGGGUUGGUGGGGCUGCCUGUUCUCUUGGCUCCCUUUCAUCCUGAGAGAUCUGCAUUGGCUCCCAGUACGUUUCCGAGCACAAUUCAAAGUGUUGGUGCUGACCUUGAAAGCCCUAAAUGGCCUCAGUCCAGUAGACCUGAAGGAGCGUCUCCAUCCCCAUCGUUCUGCCCGGACACUGAAGUCCAGCACCGAGGGCCUUCUGGCGGUUCCCUCUCUGUGAAAAGCCAAGUUACAGGGAAUCAGGCAGAGGGCCUUCUCGGUGGUGGCACCCACCCUGUGGAAUGUCCUCCCUUCAGAUGUGAAGGAAAUAAGCAGCUAUCUUCUCUUUAAAAGACAUCUGAAGGCAGCCCUGUUUAGGGAAGUUUUUAAUAUUUGAUGCUGUAUUGUUUUUAACACUCGAUUGGAAGCCGCCCAUAGUGGGGAAACUCAGCCAGAUGGGCGGGGUAUAAAUAAUAAAUUAUUAUUAUUAUUAUUAUUAUUAUUAUUAUUAUUAUUAUUAUCACCUCCCACCCCUUCCCUCUCUCCCCAGGGCGCUUGGGGCUGGGCACCCAGGAGUCCCACAACUCCCCGCAGCAGGUCUCCAUCCCACCUGACCACGAGGCGCAGAAGGUUCUCUGCGGCAUCGACGCCUCCAUGAUUCUGACAGGGAGGAACCAGGUCCUGGCCUGUGGGAGCAACAGGUAGGGCAGGGAGACUGUGUCGUGGUGGAGGGGGUCACAGGAGUAUUGGGGAGGGAGGGUAGUGAAACAGAAAUGCCAUAAAGCAAAAGGUCCGAUUCUGCUGACCUGGCCAGAGUGGGAAGCCAGGCCAGCAGGCAGGGCCAAACCAGAGACUUCAUAUCCAGGGCCUGACACGGCUCACUCCUGUUCCUUCCUGGGCAAGAGCCGAAUCUGGAUUGGGGCAAGGAAAGUCUGGUUGGAUCCUGUGUUUUGCUAGGCCAGAGUCUCCCAAAUCCAGAGGAGGCAGAGUUUUGCAAACAGAGGGUGGUUCUGCAGCUUGGCCCUCCCUUGACCUCCUCUCCCCUCCCCCCUCUCCUCCAGGUAUAACAAACUAGGCCUGGACAGGAUCUUGCCCCAGGGGGAGCCCCUCGCCACUGACCAGGUGGAGGAAGCCCUUGUCUUCAGCUGCGCCUGCUCAGCCCCCUUGAGCGAAGAGGCCAUUGUGUGGGCUGACAUUGGAACGGCUCACUCAGCAGUCGUCACUGGUGAGCAUCCGGUGAAGACACCUCGCUUUGGGGGGUGGCAGCAGCCAGCCGGAACGAUACCGGCAUUCUGGUGGGGCGCGUUGGCUGGAGGUUCUUCCAGGGUGCCUCUGAGCAUGUGCAGAGUCUUCCAUUCGCCCUGGAGAAAUUGCAGCCCGCCGGGCAAAGUCGGGGUGAAGGCUCGGAAAUCGCCCAGGAGCAGGAAGGAGUCGCGCUAUUCCCUGCCCUUCUGCCUUUUCUGUUGCCAGCCACGGGCCAGUGCUACACUGUGGGCAGCAAUCAACACGGACAGCUGGGCCCCAUCCCUUGCCGUGCCAGCCGCACCCCCUACCUGGUGGAGGGGCUCCAAGCUGUCCGAGUCACCAUGGUGGGCUGUGGCGACGCCUUCACCACCGUUGUGGGAGCAGGUGAGCUGAUUGGGUGGAGUGGGGUUUGGGGCUUGGUUUCCAGUGCAGUGGGCCCCGAGGGGGUCUGGCCUGGCCUCCCUGUCACCCUAACCUGCUGCGGACAUCCUCUCUCCCCAGAUGGCGAGGUGUACACCUGGGGGAAAAGCGCCAGGGGGCGCCUGGGACGGAAGGAUGAAGAGCCCCGGAGUCCUCGUCCCGUGCAGCUGGGAGAGACUCACGCCAGCCUCGUGGCCUCCGUCUCCUGCUGCCACGGAAGCACCCUGCUGGCCGUGAGACGUAAGUGUGCCUUUGGGGGGUGCACAGGUGGAAGAAAGUGUCCUUUUCCAUUUGCACGGCAUUCACAAGGUGCGACGCUGCUCCGUUCCGCUGCAGUCCGCCUUCCACCAAAAGCGCCAUUGUUUGUCCCACUGCAGGAAAGUUCUGUAAGUUCCGUUGCCGUUACUUUGGCCACAUCCACAGCACUUUCAGCAGCCGUGGCUUCCCCAAAAGAAUCCUGAGAAUUGCUGUAUGUUAAGGACGCUGAGGAGUAUUAGGAGACCCCAUAAUAUUAGGAGACCCCAUAGCUAUUGACUGUUAAACCGCUCUGGGAAUUGUAGCUCUGGAGUCCCCAAACAGCUCUCGGUCUCAGUUUCAGCCAAGGUAAAGCUUGAAGCUUCUUGAAUGUCAGUGAACGUCACAGCAGAGCAGAGAUUUGAACCCGGAUCUCCCCAGUCCUGGUCCGACACCCUUAACCACUAGGGCCAUGUUCGGGCCAUACAGUUGAAGCAUUAUGAUGCCACUUUAGGCAGUCGUGACUACCCCCCCCAAAGAAUUCUGGGAGCUGUAGUCAGUUGACGGUACUGAGUUGUUAGGAUUCCCAGAGUUCCCUGGGAAAGAGGAAUUGGUUAUUAAAACCACUCUGGGAAUUGUAGCUCAGGGAGGGGAACGGGGUGGGUUUCGGGGAGUCUCCUAAUGAUUCUCUGCUCUGAGAACAGACUACACUUCCCAGCAUCCUUUGGGGAAAGCCGCGACUGUCUAAAGCCGCAUCGUAGCCCUUCCAGUGCAUGGUGUGAAUGUGACUGCUCAUUUCAACACAAAGCAAACACCUUGCAAACAGGGAUAAAAACACAAUCGGUUACGGCUCAUUUGUAUUUGCUGGGUAUAUUUCCCUUCAGGGCCAGCAAGGAAUAAGCGAGCACAAGCCGUCUCUGCUCUCAUCCCUGUUUGCGUCUGACUCUUCCAGUGCCCCUCGUGUGGGGCUUCUGGGCAAGGGUACAUUUAGGCCCGGGAGGUGGGUACCCGCGAGGUCCUCACGCGUCCUUGCUGCAGCUUCGCUUGCUGCCAGCUGGAGAGCUGAGUCAGAGGCACGGCCCACGUCCCUCCCUCCUCUGGUACCUGCCACAGUCCUGCCCACGUGGAGCCAGCUGGCAGUGGGGCUGGUGAGCGGAGGAGGAAGGAGAUUCAGAAGGGGCUCAGCGGAGCGCCCUGGCCCACACCCUCUCUGGCAAGGAAGGCUUUCUAGGAAGAUCCUGAUGGGCCUCUCAGUGGCCUCCAGCCUUGAGAGAGGCUCCACUCUGCCAUGCUGCUUCUGAAUACCGGUGGCUGGAAACUGCAGGAGGGAGAAGCACUCUUGUGCUCAGAUCCUGCUCCUGGUUUCCCACAGGAUUCUGGUUGGCCACUGGGGAAACAGGAAGCUGGACUUCCGUUGGACGGCCAUCUGUCUUGGAUGCUUUCAUUGAGAUUCCUGCAUUGCAGGGGGUUGGACUACAUGAACCUUGGGGGUCCCUUCCAACUCCACAAUUCUAUCAUUCUGUGGUGCUAUGACUAUGUGGCUCCCCUUUGGCCUAAUCCAGCAGGCUCUUUUGUGGUUAUAAUUCAUGGAGGAUAAGGCUUUCAGUGGCUACCAGCAACUUCCACCAUCAGAGGCAGCGGUGCUUCUGAAUCCUUGAUGAUGGAAACCACGGGAGGGGGAAGUGUGGCUCUUGUGCUCGAAUCUUGCUUGCGUGUUUCCCUUCGGGGCAUCCGGCUGGCCCCGGGGGGAACAGGAGGCUGGACUAAACGGGCUCCCUUUGGCCAGCGGCAGAGUAGGGGUGGGCGUGCUCAAAGCGGCAUGCGUACCCUGCAGCUGGGGGCGGAGCAAGACGCUCAGGGGGGCGUAGUGAGCUGCCCAUUUGGUGCGCCCCCUGCCCGUGACUCCCAAGCCUCCAACGAAAGGGGAAGGGGGGAAUGCCGCCAGCAGUGCAGCUCCCUGCCUUACCCCGACGGCUUGGGGUAGGCUUGGGAGUCACGGGUGGGUGGUGUGCCAAAUGUCACCCCCCCUUGGUGAGGGCACCUGGGGAGAUCCGCCCCCACUGCACCCCCCUUCCUACACCCCUGCCUUUGGCCUGAUCCUGCAGGUGCCGAUGUUCUUACAUUCUCUCUCGGCUGCGAAAGGUGCUGGCACCUCAUAUAGCCAAGAAGCCAGUGGUCCAUGAAUGGAGGGGCAGUGAGAAGGCUGGGAAGCCUGCCCAGUAACUCGGAUGUUGCUUGCAAGGGGGGUGAAGAUGGCCGGGAGUGAAAAGGAAGGCCAGGCGGGGGGAAGGGGAGAGAGAGAGAAAGCAAACCCCCCAUUCCACAAAGAACCCUUUAGCCCCAGUUCCAGGGACAAAGCCCCUCUGUCUUUGAUUCCCCCCCAAGGCUCGUGCCAGGCUAAUUUCCGACGCCUCGGAUGCGAGUGAUGUGCCUCACUUCGGAAAGUUGGAAAAGGACCCAGAAAAGGCAACCGAAAGGAUCCAGGGGAGGGAGAGAGAGACUCCCCUGUGAAGAAAGGCUGCAGCGUUACAGACUUUUUAGUUGAGAGAAAAGGCGAGUGAGAGGCAAAACGAUAGGAGUUAAUAAAAUUACUCACGACAUGGAGAAAGUGGAUGGGCAAACGGUUUUCUCCCUCUCUUGUAACAUGAGCUCUCACUCGUAGGCGUCCAAUGAAGCUGGAAGAUUCAGGGCAGACCAAAGAAAGUCUGCAUGGUUAAACUGUGGAACUUCCUGCCACAGGAGGCAGGGACGGCCACUGACUGGAGCGGCUUUAAAAGAGGAUCAGACAAAUUAUUGGCGGCUGGGCUGGGCUGGAUCUGAGAAUCCUCCGGAAAAACAAUCUCUCAAAGGACCUGUUGAUGGCAUUUUACCAUUGUACUGUGGAGAGUGUGUUAACUUAUGGUCUCUGUGUGUGGUUUGGGAGCUGCACGGCCAGGGAAAAAACAAUGCUGUCCAGGGUUGUAAAGACUGCGGAGAGAAUAAUUGGGUGCACUCUUCCCACCUUGGAUCAAAUCUACGCUUCCAGGUGCCAUAAGAAAGCUGCAGAGAUAGCGCAGGAUAGUGCACACCCCGGAAAUGAUCUCUUUCAGCUUCUGCCUUCUGGAAGAUGGUCCAGGGUUAUAAAGACUAGGACUAGCCACCUGAGAAACAGUUUCUACCCAAAGGCGAUUUUGGUUUUAAAUGCAGUGUAAGGAGUCCCUAUGGGAGUAUAUUGUAUUUAAAAAUUUUGUUGUUCUGUAUGGGGCAAUGACAAUAAAGAUUACCGUAUAAUCGUCUCAUCACGCCUGGAGGCAGCAAGGCUUUCAGAUACCAGUUUCUGGAAACCGCAGGAGGGGAGAGGGCUGCCCUUGUGCUCAAUUCCUGCUUGCGGACUUCCCAGAAGUGGCACCUGGUAGUUAGUUCCCUGGGAGAAGAGGAUGCUGGACUAGAUGGGCCAUGGGCCUGAUCCAGCAGGCUCUCUCUAUGUUCUUAUGUUAAAAGGGAGGAGGGAGGACCAAAUCUAUAACCCCACCCCGCACCCUCAAGAUUGACUCUGGGCCUCUGUGUCUCUUGUGUUUCAGCUGCGGCAGAGGAACCCAGUCCUCACUGA